AUGACAGACUUCGGAGAAAUUCUAAAAACAGUUGGUGAUUUUGGGAGAUUUCAAAAACGUUUGCUGCUGCUAAUUUCUCUGGUGAGUCUUAGCAUUGCGUUCCACAUGUUCGGCCAACUGUUCAUGGUUAUGCAUGUGCCUCAUCACUGUGAUACAAGCUGGAUCCAUGAAAUUAGUCCAAACCUGACCAAACAGCAGCAGCUGAACCUAACCAUUCCUAGGAACACACCUGGAUCUUACAAGGAAUGCCUCAUGUACACUCCUGUGGAUCAGGAUAUUGACUCCAUCCUAGAAUACGGGCUUAACUCCACCGAGAAGUGCCACAAGGGCUGGGUCUAUCCUUCAGAGCAAGAACAAACGUUGGUAACUCAGUUUGACCUGGUAUGUGACCGAAAAGAGCUAAAUGACAUCUCCCAAUCCAUUUACAGGCUGGGACUUCUCCUUGGAGAUGUGAUCUCCGGUUCGUUAAGUGACAGGAUAGGACGGUGUCCGGUUACGGUGCUUUCCAUGCUUAUGAUGGGGGCAUUUGGUGUUGGAGCAGCCUUUGCACCGAAUUUCUAUGUCUACAUGGCUCUGAGAUGUCUUGUGGGUUUUGCUGUGUCUGGUUUCAUUAUAAGCACAGUGACCUUAGGCACUGAAUGGGUUGGAGUCUCCUACCGGACACAUCCAGUAGCUAUCCCGCUUUGCUGCUUUUCCAUUGGACAGAUGGUUUUGGCUGGCUUAGCUUAUGGGGUUCGCAACUGGAAGCUGUUGCAGAUUGCUGGAUCUGCCCCAAUGCUUGGUCUUCUCUUUUACAUAUGGGUCCUUCCCGAAUCUGCUCGCUGGCUUGUGAUGAAAGGGAAGAUAGAGGAAGCCAAAAAGCUGCUUCAAAAGGCAGCAUCUGUAAAUAAGCAAAGCAUCCCACCAGAACUGCUGGAUCAGAUGACACCUGAAAAAAAGAGCAAAUCUGGAAAUAUCCUGGAUCUCUUCAGGAAGCCGCGCUUGAGGAAAACGACUUUAAUUAUGUGUUAUGCCUGGCAGACUGGUGUGGGGUUGUGUUCAAUGUCAUCCAGUGUGGGUGGCAGCAUCUCCCCUCUGGUUGGUCUCUUGGACAAGUACCAUCCCGCUAUUUCCAUGGUGAUAUUUGGAAGCACUCCAGUGACUGCAGGAAUCCUCUGCUUCCUGCUUCCAGAGAUGUGUGGCAAAGAGCUUCAGGAUUACACAGAGGCAGCUGUGGCUAGCCAGCGGGCCUGUGAAAAUGUCAACGAUAGCUAUGAAAUUGGAGACUUGAAACUAAAAGAAGACAGCCAAAAGGUUUGGACCCAGGAGCAUGCACUUCUAGUUAAGCCAGCCAUAAGACGCUGAGGAACAAGGACUGCAAGCCGUCGGUGGAUUCAGCUUGGGUUCUUCAUUUGCACUAACUCCCCAAGUAGACCAGCCCCCUGCCAGCUCUUCUUCUCCUCUGUCUGAUCUGCCUUCCCUAAGCUCCCUCUUAGUGCUUCCCAGUAAGUACUGCAGUUAGUCACUCCUGCUCUGGUCAGUGAGUGUUCGAUAUAACAGCCUGGCUGGGAGAAAACUGGAGCUAUGAAUUUAAGAUACAAAUCUGAAA